AUGGAACUUGAACAUGCUUAUUCAACAAGCUCCACACAAGCAGCUAGCCAACAUCCUAUCCACAGAACUCUACAUCCAGCUGGACCUCCCAGACUAAGCCAUCAGGAAGCUGAGCCAGGCCCAGAUACCAUAGAGCACACUUUCAACAAUGGACCUUUUGCUACAUACGUGUGGAGAAGCUUUGCUGCAGCUGCUGGAAUCAACACUGACCACAGCUCUCUGCCACAACUAAUCAUUCAAUGGUGGUCGACCAAAUACAACAAUGAAGCACAUAGGCUGCUAUUACAAGCUACUCCAAUAUUCAUUUCCUGGAAUCUAUGGAAGAAUAGAUAUGCUAGCAAACAUGGAGGGAAGCAGUCCAAUAUGAGCAGAGUCAAAUAUGCUAUAUACAAGGACAACUACAAACUCAUGAAACAAACAUUCCCUCAAAUCAGAUGGCCCUCAAACUGGAAGGAAUUGAUCUCCAAAGGGGAAAAAUGCAUCCACGAUACCAAAGUGACUACGGUUGUAUGGAUAAAGCCACCAGAUCAAUGGGUAAAAAUUAACUCUGAUGGUAGUGCAUUAAAUAAUCCAGGCAGAUUAGGAGCAGGAGGCAUCCUCAGGGACCAAGAGGUAGAAAUGUUGUUAGCCUUUGCCACUCCCUUGGGGGAAAGAACCAACAACAAAGCUGAGCUAGAAGCAGCUAUUUUUGGGAUGACCUAG